CCACGCGAUAGUGGGCCGGAGCGGUCGUCUUAUAAGCCUGCGAAGAUCCCCGGCGAAGAUCCCCUGCGAAGAUCCCCGGCCUCAUGCAGGUAUUAAUCACCAAAACUUGCUUAGCAGAAAGAUACGGCCGAGUCUCUUAAUCCGCGAAGAAGAAAAAACAGACGAUUUGACGAUAACUGCGAGCAAGACAGGUGGAUCGAGAUUGCCAACCUUUUUGCACAUCUGCACCUUUGGGGUUUGGGGUAAGACGCUUCUCCUUUUCGAUCGGCGAUACAAGUCCGAGUAGGGAGGCGUUCAAAAGCCACCUCCACAGCCCCAAACUACAAAACACAACCCCUCACAAUGCCUACCGCAACACCAACAACCGCCCCCUCGACAUCAACCCUCGCCAUGCCCACAACACUCUCCUCCUACAACAACACCAUGCUCUCCUACACACGCGCGCAGUUCCAACAGUUCCGCGACACAGCCUCGACCACAGCGCCUGAGCUAGGCAAGGCGAAGGAUGGCUCCAGUACCGUCGGGACGACAUCGAGUAGUGGGUCAAUCCCCGGGAAAGGGAAUGAAGGCCCCAAGUCACCGAUUACUGCGCAUGAUUUUGCGUCGGGGAGGAAAGGUUGAUAGGACUGAGUCCUUUAUGAUUACCUGACAAUGGGUGCGUGCGAUCAAAAGAUAGACGAUACGUUAUAUCACACAUGAGAUAUGAAGCACCUUCGGUCUGGAUGGGAGGGGCAUCUUAUCGGGGCGCAGCAUACGGUAGCGCAGCAUUUGUCUGGCAUUUAGGUCGGGCCUGCACUGCCGUUUGGCAUACGUAUUGGUUAUAUUGGGAUUCAUUCACUCGUUCAUGAUGGAGUACAUUGGAUGAGUAGAAUGGCUGUGGUGAUUUUUGUUUCCCUUGCCAUCACCUUCAGAUCACAAGUAUAUAGUAGCAUGUCAACUUUAGCAAGUAUGCGGCUGUAUCAUAAUGAUAGGUUCAAGAAAGAAGGCAUUUAUUUCGUAUGAAUCUAGCUUGCUGAAGCCCAUACUUUCUUAUUUCUCUGUAGUCGCCUUAAUAUACGCCACCCAACAAACUUUACUAUAUUUCCGAG